CCUUUCCGCGACAUUUGUUUCCACAGCAACUGACGCUGACUUUGCUCCGGGCUAGUGACGUCACCCGGUGACGCGGCAUGUUACGGGGGCUGGUGACGUCGGCGCCGCACGUUGCCCGGUAUAGUCUAUCACUGUCUGUCCGAGCGUUCGGCGGCUACGCUGGAAGUGACGUCAUGGAUUUAGGGGCUAUGCGGAAGAGUUACCGGAAUGACGAUGAGGUAUCCAUGUGUGACUGGUGCUAAAUGUCAGUGGAAGGAGUAAAAGGCAGACAUGAUACAAGAAAAAAAUAACUUUUAAGCUUGGAGUCAGUGCAUGGCAUUUGAAGAAAGUCAUCUAGCUUCCCUUGAUCCAAUUGCUCAGUUUGGUGCUUGGUUUCAGGAAGUCUUAAAUUGCCCAGUGAUUGCUGAGCCGAAUGCUAUGUGUCUGGCUACUGCCACCAGGGAUGGAAAGCCCUCUGCCCGUAUGGUUCUCCUGAAAGGGUUUGGCUCCGAUGGGUUCCGAUUUUACACAAACCAGCAGAGCAGAAAAGGAAAAGAGUUGGAGACCAACCCAGUUGCAUCUCUCCUGUUUUUCUGGGAGCCCCUGAAUCGUCAGGUGAGGAUAGAAGGGUCUGUGGAAAGACUCUCAGACCAAGAAUCUGAUGAUUAUUUCCACUCACGCCCCAAAAGUAGUCAAAUUGGGGCAGCUGUGAGCCAUCAGAGCCAAGUUAUCCCAGACCGAGAGUAUCUGCGUAAGAAGAAUGCUGAGCUUGAGGAGAAGUACAAGGAGAAGGAGGUGCCUAGACCAGUUGAAUGGGGUGGUUACAUUGUCCGUCCUUCUGUCAUUGAGUUUUGGCAGGGACAAACUAAUCGCCUGCAUGACCGUAUUGUAUUCCGUCGUCCAACAGAAGGAGAAGCAGAGACAAGCCCCUGGACUCACCCUGGUGAGGGUGGAUGGAUGUAUGAGCGCCUGGCCCCUUAGGUCCAGAGCUUGAGAUAACCUAAUACUGUUCCUAGAUCUUUGUGGAACAAAGAGCAGCAUGGUUAUCUUACUCAUUGAAAAGGCAGCUACCUCCAGGUUCUUGUAUUUCAUUGUGCCAUAUAGCAAUCACACUGGCAUUUCUGUUAGCCGAACAUAUGCCCCUCAAUGCCAUUGCCUGUGUGUGAGUCCUCGUAUUGAUGACACUUUACCUCUGCUAUUUGGACAUUGUAAUUAUCUUGUGGAAUAAUUAAAAUUUUACUUCUUAUGUAAAACUAAACAGAUACAUCUGUACUGAAGAUCAUAUACCAGCUGGGAAAUGUAUUCCUAACUUAAUAAAUGGUGUUCUAGCAUCACAAUAUGUAAA